GGGGGCGGCGGCGCCAUGGGGCUGCGAGCGGGCGGCGCGCUGGGCAGGGCCGGCGCGGGUAGGGGGGCGCCCGAGGGGCCCGGGCCGAGCGGCGGCGGCGGCGGCGCGCAGGGCAGCAGCAUCCACUCGGGCUGCAUCGCCGCGGUGCACAACGUGCCGCUGAGCGUGCUCAUCCGGCCGCUGCCGUCCGUGCUGGACCCGGCCAAGGUGCAGAGCCUGGUGGACACGAUCCGGGAGGACCCGGACAGAGUGCCCCCCAUCGACGUCCUCUGGAUCAAAGGGGCCCAGGGCGGUGACUACUACUACUCCUUCGGGGGCUGCCACCGCUACGCAGCCUACCAGCAGCUGCAGCGAGAGACCAUCCCCGCCAAGCUCGUCCAGUCCACCCUCUCGGACCUCAGGGUGUACUUGGGCGCGUCUACACCAGACUUGCAAUAGCAGCCUCGUUGGCACCUCCAGGAACUCAGGAGACGGAAGCUGGCUUCCCUGCAGGCUGGGCCUUGGAGCAGGCGGAGCAGGCGCGGUCUGUUUGCUCCCUUGGGAGUGCGGGUGUGGCUCCAGGCCUCGGGGCCUUUGCUAGCAGCAUGGCCUCGGAUUCACAACGUACAGGGUGGGAGAAUGCAGAAUCCUGGCCUUCCCCUUGCAGGCUUGCGCAGGGGGUGAAACAAGAAAGGGGAUGGGUUUGGAGAGCCACGUGCUGCCGGCUUCUGAUUCCCAAGGCCCAGGGCCUCCUGCUUGUCUUCAUGUAGCCCAUGGUGAGGACUCCAUUCUGCUGCAGUGGCUUAAAUAAACAGAGGCUUGUUUCCGCACAGAACAUGAUUCUAGAGGCGGGAGGCUGAGUGGUGUCAGUGUAACAGCUCAGUGAGCUAGGGCUCACGUCUCCACAGUCCUUGGUGCUUGUCACUUCACGGUCACAAAGUGGCUGCCGCAUCUCCAGGAUCACAUCUAUAUUGAAGGAAGACUGAAAUAGUGGAAGAGGGAGGGCCAUGCCAGCUGCACCUGUCAGAUCAGAAAGUAAGAGGCCCUGUGUCCUCAGUUCCCCUGCAUAUUGCCACUUGGUUCCUCGGCCUGAGCCCGCUGCCACCACCACCCCUAGCCACAAAGGAAGCCAGGACUGCAGGGGACAGGAUGGUCAUGGCUGGGAAGAGCAGUCGCGUUCUGUCUCCCGGGCCUGGCACGCUGCCUCCCAGAUA